AUGGCCACUCCGAUCCGCAUCGCAGCAUGCCACGUCUCACCCAUCUUCCUCUCCGCCCGCCGCACAACCGAUAAGGCCAUCUCCCUCAUUCAUGAAGCUGCCAGGAACAAAGCCAACCUCGUCGUCUUCCCCGAAACCUACAUCCCAGCAUUCCCAAUCUGGUCAGCUCUGCGCCCGCCGACUGAGAAUCAUGACCUCUUCAAACGUAUGGCGCUCGAGUCGGUCUAUGUCGACGGGGCGGAGGUCUCGGCUAUCCGAUCCGCAGCAAAGAAGCUCGACAUUAUGGUCAGCGUCGGCAUUUCAGAGAAGGCGCGAUCGAGCAGCGCGACUCUUUACAACUCCAACGUCAUUAUUGGCGCCGACGGAGAAGUUCUGGUACGCCACAGGAAGUUGAUGCCAACCUUUUUCGAGAAGUUAACUUGGGCGCCUGGAGAUGGUCACGGGCUCCGGCUGGCAGAGACGAAGUACGGAAAAAUUGGAAACCUGAUCUGCGGAGAAAACACGAAUCCGCUCGCGAGGUAUGCGCUGAUGUCGCAGGGUGAGCAGAUUCACAUCUCGACGUGGCCUGCAAUCUGGCCUACGAGGAUACCGACACCGGAGGCUGGCGGGAGUGACGGGGGAUCGAGCGUGGCCAAGGGGGCGAACUACGACAAUGUCGCCGCCAACAGAACGAGAGCGGCGGCGCACUGCUUUGAGGCCAAGUGUUUCGGAGUUCUGUGCUCUGGCGUUCUUGGGAAAGAUGCCGUCGAGAUCAUAUCAUCAGGAGCCAGUCAGACUGAAGUUGUCACGUCGGCUCUUGAGAACUCGCAGCGCGGUGCGACGAUGUUCUUGGAUCCUGCAGGGUCGUUGUUGCAGGGGUUUACUGUGGACUUGGAGACUCAGGAGCAGAAGCCGACCGAAUAUCUGCAGGCUACAGAGGGGAUUUUGUAUGCGGAUAUGGAUAUUCAGGAUUGUAUCGAGGGAAAGCAGUAUCACGACGUCGUUGGUGGGUAUCAACGUCUCGACGUAUUUGAGUUGAAGGUAGACCGGAGACGAAGAGAGCCGGCAAACUUCGUCGGUGAUGUCUUGACAGUUGAUGCAGAAGCACCAACAGACAAGCCCGUGUCUCAAUAG